UGCGAAUAGUACAUAGUAUAUUUUAUAGACUGAUAUACAAAUGUAGUGCUUCUGUUACAUGUUAAUUUGGAAAUUUAAAGAUUACUUCGUAUAAAACAGCUGCAACCAUAACGUUCUGGACAUGAGUGAAGAAAAAAUUAUUUUACCACAUCACGAGCAACAGAGCCUCUGUACUUCUCGCCUCCCGUACCGACAGGGGAGAAAAUUAACUGCAGUUAAGGUUUAUACAGUGACAACGGAAUCUAAUCAUCUGCUUGUCUUCGGUGUUCCAUCACUGAACUUGCGUCAGGAAGCCAAAUCGCUAUUUAUGAAGUUCGGCAGACUCCGCCAAUUCACGUUAUCACCGAACCACGCGGCCGAAGUCUUCACCGAGACGUACCACGCUCAGUACGAGAGAAUACAGUCCGCUAGAGUAGCUAAGAAAAUGCUAGACACCAAAAACUUCUACGGUGGCUCUCUACAUGUUUGCUAUGCCCCUGAAUUUGAAACCAUCGAGGAAACAAAACAAAAAAUCUUCCAAAGACAAAGAGAUGUGUUGAAUAGGUUAAGAAAUUUAGAAAAGGAGAAGACCAAUGUGGUUGAACAGCAACAAGCCGCUGAUGUUGUUCCUGAUGAGGAACAAACAGUCACAAGCAACAAACUCAACAUGGGUGAGAUUAAUACAUUCAAUAUGAAUAAUGAAAUAGUAGUCCCCAAAAAGAAGAAACGUAAAAGCAAUUUAUCUAAUGUUAGUAAAAACUAUUUAGGAAACUGCGCAAAGACUAGUAAACAUGCUGAUAAUAUUAUGUAUGCGACUAGCUUUAUCAAGACCACACCAGAUGAGCAGAGCUCAACAGAGAUAGAGAUAAUUGAUGCUACAUCAGUUGACACGGAGGUAGUCACCAACAUCAAUGAAAGCUUAAACUACAAUAACUUUGGUAAUGAAGUGAUAAGAAAGGUACCUGAUAAGCCAUUAAAUAAGAUUAUAUAUUUUAAUGUUAAUAAAAAUCAUAGCAAACAACUCUAGGUUCUGAUUUCAUUUGAAAUUGACAUGAAUACAGAGUAAGUAAUACUGCGGAGCUUGCCUAGUAUAUAUAGCUAGUUAAAAAA